AUGGCCUCGACCAUGCUCAGACAUGUUCUUUUCUUCACUAUAGGUGUCUUCGCCACUUCUUGGAUUGCCCAAGCAAGCGAUCCAGAUAUCUUGUCAGACUUCAUAGUCCCGGCAAAUUCUAAUGCCAUUGAUGGCAGUUUCUUUACCUUCACUGGAAUGCGUGGGGUAUUUGACUCCGCAGUCCCACCAAACUUUAAGGUAACAAAAGCUGGUCUAGCUGAGUUUCCGGCUCUAAAUGGUCAAAGUGUCUCUUUCGCUGUUCUCCAGUAUCCCGCAGGGGGUGUGAACCCACCUCACACCCAUCCCCGUUCUGCAGAGCAUCUGUUUGUUGUGGAAGGUACUCUCGUGGUUGGUUUCAUUGAUACCGCCAACAAACUCUAUACUCAGACGCUCCAACUUGGGGACAUGUUUGUGUUCCCCAAGGGACUAGUGCACUUCCAAUACAACGCUGAUGCUAAAGAACCGGCCACCGCCCUCUCUGCCUUUGGCAGUGCUAAUGCUGGAACCGUCUCGGUUCCUCCCUCUGUAUUUGCUACUGGCAUUGAUGAUGGAAUCCUUGCCAAGUCUUUCAAAACCGAUGUUGCCACCAUUCAGAAGAUCAAGGCAGGACUUGGGGGUAGGGCUUAG